AUGUCAACAGGAGGGAAAGCGGUUCAACGGACCACUGCUCCCAAGGUUCCAGCACCCCAAAUGUCCGACGCAGCUGUUCGACGUUCUCCUCGUAUCCCAAAAUCUACUGUAUCUGUUGGGAAAUGUGAUAACAAAUUUCUCCGUCCCCUAUCCCGUUCGGUUCCUCGUGCCAAUCCUGCCCUGUUCAAAUCUUCCAGCUGUCACAAUAUCAAGUCCUCACGCUCAACCUCUCAAUCUUCCCUGGAUUCUCGAGGUUCUGGUAAGGAGACGAAAUCACGGAAAGUCUCUGAUAGGAAGCCCGCCUCGACUGUAGCUCUCCCAACUGCUGUACUUCGGGAAUCGAACUCGUCAGUACCCGGUGGGUCUGGGACUGUUAAUGGUGACCGAAUAUGGGUUAAUUCGGAUCUUCUUUCUCGAGUCGAAAAGGAGAAGAAGCAAUACGAGUCACGUAUAUCUGAACUCACUCAAUUAACAGAAGCUCGGAAGAUGGAGAUUGAACGAUUAUCAUUUGAGGUGCGUAACCUACGUGAGGCAAAAGAUCAAGCGGAAGCGAACGCCCAGCGAUAUGCUCCUAACUUUGACGAUAGUUUGAAACAAAGAAUCAGAGAUGGUGAUUCUAACGGGGAGUCCUCUCAAGCCUGUCCGUCAUGUAUCCGUUCACCCGUUGGUUCCUCAGUAGGAACUACAACUCGUAUGACACCCAGUGUUACUGCUUCCGACACGACGGGUUACGCCUUUGUGGAUCAACAAAGCUUGGUAUCUGGAGUGUCGAGUCUUGGAGAUAGAAAGGCUGCCUCGUGUGAUGGAACUGCUCACUCUACCCUCAAGACAUCACUUUCUCUUCCUAUGCCCCCCUCCGUUGCAAAUCUAGAAAUCCGUAUCCAUGAAAUGGAAGAAGCGAACUAUACAACCACCGAGGAGCUUCAAGCUACGAUGGAAGAGUUAUGUGACCUCCAAAGGACUUUAGAUGAAGCCCAGGAAGACAAUCGUAACUUGGCGUUUGAGCGAGCCAUUCUGCUUGAAUCUCUGUGUACUCAAACUGCCAAAUUGGAACACUGCCGCCUUCAAAUUGAUCAGCUGAAACACCUUUUAUUGACUAGUCCUACGGCCUCCCUAGCUGAUUCGAGAGAAGCUCACUACGUGGAAUUAUAUUCGUCAGUAGAAGAAGAAAAACAAAUUCUCCUAACGCAAAAUAACGACCUCGCGCAACGCUGCGAAACUCUCGACGCGGAGUGUCGACAACUUACUGAUAGGGUUGAGGAGUUGACACGAGAGGUUGACCAGUUACGAGCCGAGGCUGCAGCCAAUUCUACCAUGGCCGCUUCUGAUCCUUCGGCUGCUUCCGCUCAAAUGAAGGAGAAUAUACCAAUUGAGUUGGAGUUAGAAGCCCAAGUGGAUGCGCUAAUGCAUCAAGUCAUGGUUUGGAAGGAUAAAUUUGAACUGGAAAGAGCAGAACAUGAACGAGAGGCAACAGAAUGGCGGCUCUAUGAGAGAGAUCUUCUUAAAACCGUCCAGGUAGCUGAUGGAAUUAAGAUGGAAUCGGAGGCUGAGGUUGCUCGAAUCACGCUCGAGACACACGAGCUUCGAGACCAAUCCGAGUGUCUUCGUGCGACGCCUGAGUCACCACUUCAUGGGGUUUCUUCCUCGUGCGCUUCUGCGCCCCUCCCUCCCCUCCACCUUGACACCCUGCAUCUUUCGUUGGCAUGCCCUGAACCGGUGACACUGCCAUUUCAAGCCCUUCGUCUGUUGAUUGUAUUUACCAAAAUUGCCGAAUUUCCUCCAAGCCUCAGGUUGUGCCGACUGGAACGCGUGGCGCGGGCUCUUAAUGCAAUUUCGCCAAUUCCCUUGGCUGAGGUUUCACCGCCACCUAAAGCUUUUGCAGCAGCAAGCAGUCACAAUCGUAUUUGGAUCGCGGUUCUGGCGUUCACACAGCGACACAAACACUGGCUACUCGGUGCUUCUCCAGUUUGUGUGGUUUCGCCAGGGUCGAAGGGUGUUGCGGAAUCACUUCCUGUCGAACAGAGCCUCGCACUAAAGACACAUACACUUACCUCCUAUUGUCGUUUCACGCGCUCAUGCACAUCCUGGCUUCGUCUGUUGCCCAGUCGCACCAGACCGUUCACCUGUGUGCGACGCGAUAAAACUCCACUUGUCAAACGUCUUUCAGCCGACUUAGAUACCGCGAGUCAUGAGGUCGCUCGUCUCCGCGACGAACUAUCCAAGGGAUCGCCUUCCGACGUUAGUCCCUCCUCUAUUGCGUCUUUUGGUCCCGCAACCCCUUUGUGCCCUUCGCGACCAGAAAUGAAAAGCGUGGCCACAAUGACCUCAAGCUUGGACACCAGCUACGCGCCUUCGUCUGCCGUCGCUGCUGCCAUCACCAGCGGUUCAUCUCCGGCACCUUUCCAACAUCUCCAUCGAGCCACCUACAUGCAAAAGUUGGGGCUUAACCCGACCACGGCAACAGCAUCUCCUGGUGGACCCGGUGGUAUCAGGCGUUCUGGGCCGACUGUUCAAAGUCUCAUCCAGACGAUCGAGAACCAGUCCCUCGAGUUUUUAACUGCCUUGACAAUGCUGCACGUUUUGACCAUAAUUCUGUACUACGCACAGGUGAAAGCUGUCCAGCAACAGCAAAAGGUGUCGGCUCGCAAGUGCAGCACCAGUCUCACAUCAACUUCAUCCCUUCCACCAAACUCCUCGGCGGCAUCAAAGGGCAAUUCAGACAGUGUCCCAACGAGACGUCUCCAUUCCGCUGGCAACAGUCCCGGUUCGACCCCCGUGCUUUCCGGCCCUCGACAUCUUUUAGAUGAAGGACCAACCAGUGAUUCGGCGCCUGGGGGACCACCACCACUUCCACAAGCCUCUCUGUCUUCUCCUCGUCCCCAAUCUCCGUCUGUCACUUCUCUGAGUCACUUGACGGCAAAGUGUAGGGUGGGUUUCUUUUUUGACAGGAUCAAGCCAAUCUUCAAUUCGGCCCUUGAUGACACACCCAUAACCACCCCUCAGCCUGUCUCCUGCCAGCCUUCAAAGGAGUCUUUCCACGUCAAAUUCAACCCCAUCCCCACCCCGACCUCUCCCCUCACGUCUUCCACCACAGCCCGUUUGAAGCGACACCCUACAGCGCCCACGACAGCCGCAGCAACUGUCAGCACCAGUGCGAGUGUGAUCGUCCCUAACGGCGGCGGCAGUAGCACCACCUCGGCCAUAUCGGAGGCCGUGUCCAGUGUUCUUUCGGCGGCGGCCGUGGAUGCAGUACCCUCCUCCGGUGCCGCUGUCGCCAGCACCGACGCCCCUCCAUCUGCAUCCGACACCGUCAGCACCUCCGGCAGCAUCGCCAGCGCAUUCACCGACCCGCUGCACGAACUGGCGAAGCGCACCAACACAGGCUCAAAGCGGAACGCCCUGCUACGUUGGUGCCAAGGACGAGUUGCAGGUUACCGGGUCGUUGAGAUCACAAACUUUUCGUCCUCCUGGAACGAUGGUUUGGCGUUGUGUGCUCUUCUUCAUACCUAUGUGCCAGAUAAAAUUCCCCCUUGGGAACGUGUGGUGAAUGGAAUGGAUAAACAACGGCGAUUUGAGGUGGCCUUUUCGGCUGCUGAACGUCAGGGAAUCCCAACAACUCUUCGGUUACACGACAUGCUCACGAAAGAUCGGCCCGAUUGGAACUCGGUCAUGUCCUACAUUGCCGCGAUUUACAAGCACUUUGAGGCCUCUUAG